AUGGCGACGAGGAUGCUGGUUCUUCUGCUGAUCAUCCUGAGAGAAGCUGGCCCGACCGCAGCCUGCAGCAGCAGCUGUUCAUCAGACUGUAUCUGCAUCAACAGAAACCUCAGCAGUGUUCCUCAGGACCUGCCUACAACCAUCACGUGGCUUGUCCUGGAUCACAACGCCAUAACAAACUUAAGUCAGUCCGAUUUCGCAAGGUACAGGAGCUUGAGAAAUUUACAUCUUAGUUUCAAUCAGAUCUGCAUGAUCCAUAACGAAACUUUCCAUGACUUGACCAGCCUACGAGAGCUGUGGCUUGACAAUAACAAGUUAACUAGUCUGUCAGCUGACAUACUUGUGGGACUUGGAAACUUACAGAGGCUUGAACUUGGUAGGAAUGACAUCCACAAUAUCGAGACAGGCUCCUUCAAUGACAUAACAAAUCUGCGUAUUCUAGACCUUCAAUACAACAACAUCAGCACCAUCACAGCCGACGCCUUUGUCAAUAUUUCAGAGCUUUCAGUGCUUGAAUUAGAUUAUAACCAAUUAGAGACACUACCGCUCAUGGCAUAUGACAUACUGGCCUCCAUUUCAACAGUCAACAUUAGCAACAACCCCUGGCAGUGUGGCUGUAGGAUGGGUCCCUUUAAGCAGAGGAUGAACAGGUCUUAUCCAUUUGAAAACCAGAUCAUAUGUGCUGGACCUGCUAACCUUACAGGGCAAUACUUACAGGAUGUAAACCCUAAAGACCUGAUCUGUGAAGAGACGACAACGUCCCACAAAUAUGUGAACAGCCAUGUGACAGCAGCUGCUAAAAAUGCUGCAGCUGGUCCACGUGUUAUCGUGUAUGACAAUGAGGAGGAGGUAGCAUCUGCAAAGGAAAAUCCACAGUUCCACAAAUAUGUGAACAGCCAUGUGACAGCAGCUGCUAAAAAUGCCGCAGCUGGUCCGCGGGUUAUCAUGUAUGACAAUGAGGAGGAGAUAGCAUAUGCAAGGGAAGGUCCACAGUCCCACAGAUAUGUGAACAGCCGCGUGACAGCAGCUGCUAAAGAUGUUACAGCUGUUCCACAGAUUAUCGUGUAUGAGAAUGAUGAUGAACGAGUUGAUAACCAAUCACGGACAGCAGCUGUCCCCGGUGCUAAUAGCCGUAACAACUAUGAAUCCCUGAGGAACCCCAGUAGUAAGCAGCAGCAGCACACAUACACACCCCUGCUGCAUCAUGGUUUACAACAACAGUAA